AUGUGUGAUGCUAGUGAUACAACUGCUAGAGUAGUUUUGGGCCAGUGGAAGGGCAAGAUUUUUCAAACCAUUUAUUUUGCGAGUAGAACUUUGGAUGGAGCACAGUGGAACUAUGCCACCACUGAGAAGGAGAUGCUAGCUGUGGAUGCUUAUGGUUUUGUUAACUCAUGUGAUAAAUAUCAAAGAAGUGGUAAUAUUUCUAGAAGGCAUGAUAUGCCCCUUAACAAUAUUUUGGUUUAUGAAAUAUUUGAUGUUUGGAGUAUUAAUUUUAUGGGACCUUUUCCUAAGUCUUCUAAUAAUGAAUACAUAUUGGUUGCUGUGGAUUAUGUCUCCAUAUGGGUGGGAGUGGCUGCUUUACCAACUAAUGAUGCUAAGGUCGCUACUUUCUUCCACCCCCAAACCAGUGGCCAAGUUGAGGUAUCUAAUAGGAAGUUGAAAAAGAUUUUGGAGCACAUAACUAAUUUUAAUUUACCUACAGGUAAGAAAAAACUAUUAGAGCUGAAUGAACUUAAUGAGAUGCACCUUACAACAUACGAGAAUGCCAAGUUGUAUAAGGAACGCACCAAAAAGUGGCAUGACAAGCAUAUUCUACAUCAUGAGUUCUAUGAAAAAGAAAAAGUGUUGAUCUACAACUCACGACUGCGACUAUUACCUAGAAAGCUGAAGUUCCGGUGGAGUGGCCCUUAUACAGUACUCAAGGUCCUCCCUUACGAGGUCCUAGAAGUUUCUAAAGCUGAGGGAAAGGCGUUUCAAGUCAAUGGUCACAGGGCCAAGCUAUACACAUAUGGAGUGACCUCCACCCAACAGGCUAUGUUCUUACAAUAG